GGCACUUUAAACUUCAACUUUGGCAGAAAUUGCCGAUAACCUCGUGAAAGUAUUGAUGAAAUAUAAUUGCAUCAAAUCGCUUUUAGUAUUAAUUUACUAAGUAUUUCAAUUAUAUUAGGUACAAUUUAUCAUUAAGUUAACCAUGACAGAGGAGCAGAUAAAUGACUUAUCUCUAAAUGAGGAUGAUGUGGUGGAUCCAUGGAAUGUAGCUGGGAAAUCUCAAACUGGAAUUGAUUAUGAUAAGUUGAUCAAAAGAUUUGGAAGUCAGAAGAUUGAUGAGGAAGUUAUUGCGAGAUUUGAAAAAGUAACAGGAAAAAGAGCGCAUCACUUUUUAAGGCGAGGCAUAUUCUUCUCCCACAGAGAUAUACACAGUAUUUUGAAUCUCUUCGAGUCUGGCAAGAAAUUCUAUCUAUACACAGGUAGAGGACCUUCCUCAGACAGUAUGCACAUUGGGCACAUGAUCCCAUUUAUGUUUACGAAAUGGUUACAAGAAGUAUUUGAUGUUCCUUUAAUUAUUCAACUCACUGAUGAUGAGAAAAUUCUGUGGAGGGAUAUUAAGGUUGAAGAUGCUCGGCAAAUGGCUCACUCUAAUGCCAAGGACAUUAUAGCAGUUGGUUUUGAUCCUUCAAACACUUUCAUCUUUAAUGAUCUAGAUUUUAUUGGACAGUGUCCAGCAUUUUACCAGAACAUGCUAAGAAUACAGAAAUGUGUUACUUUCAACCAAGUGAAGGGUAUAUUUGGUUUUGGGGACUCUGAUAUCAUUGGAAAAAUUACUUUUCCCUCUAUAGAAGCUGCUCCAGCAUUCUCAACAACAUUUCCCUUUAUUUUCGGCAAUAAAGUAGUUCCUUGCCUCGUCCCGUGCGCCAUCGACCAGGACCCGUACUUCCGCAUGACCCGCGACGUGGCUGCGCGCCUGAAGCUGCCCAAGCCGUCGCUGCUGCACGCCACGUUCCUGCCGGCGCUGCAGGGCGCGCAGCACAAGAUGUCCGCCAGCGACCCCAACGCCUCCAUCUUUCUCAACGACACGCCCAAGCAGAUCAAGAACAAGAUAAACAAAUAUGCUUUCUCGGGCGGUCAACCAACUGUCGAGGAGCACAGAGAGAAGGGUGGUAACUCGGAAGUAGAUAUCUCAUUCAAAUACCUAACAUUCUUCCUGGAAGAUGAUGACAGAUUAGCUGAGAUUAAAAAAUUAUACGAAUCGGGUCAAAUGUUAACUGGAGAAUUGAAGAAAAUAGCCAUAGACACCAUCACCCCCAUCAUACAAGACUAUCAAGCGCGAAGGGCCAAGGUCACGGACGAAGUUAUGAAAGAAUUCUUUGCUAUACGGAAAUUAAAUUUCCAAUUGUGAAACAACUUAUGAUUUUAUAUUAUGAAAUAUAUAUUAAAAAAUGUCCGAAUAUUCAAUAAAUAAAUUAAAUCGAUAUUGUUAAACUGUUAUUAACGCGUUGCUCUGCGGAUAACAUCUCAAGGUUCAGUACACGGGAGGUACAAAAUACAAAUACUCGGUUUUAUCUUAUAAUUGUAUAAAGGUAUUUAUAUAUAAUAUAGAGUUCUUAUUAAUAAGAAUAAGGCAAUAUGACAAACAAAUAUUUAUUUAAAUUUCUCCUUAUAAUAAUAAAAAAUAAGAGUUUGAAGACAUGAAUCUUAACCAAUGUUUCUCAGUUCAAACCCGAGGAAGCAGCGGUCUGAAGUCUCACGUGCUUAAAAUUUGUGCUUAAAAUUCAUCUAUUUUCAUCAUUUUAAUGAUCUUAUAAGGUUAAGCGAUGAAAAAAAACAUUAUAAGGGAAUUGGCAUGUGUGAUGUGGUGGAGUCAGGUCUAAAUUCUUGGAAAAUUUGCAGCUGAAAGAGGCCUUAGCCCAGCAUUUACAGGCUUACUUGUAACCUUAUUUUUUUUACAAUAGCAAUAGACUUGUGUGGCGUACUCCCGGUGUGCUGAACUGUCGGCUUUAUUACUAAAAUUUGCGAACAUUUUCAAAAAUAUUUUAAUAGUACAAGUUCCAAUAUUUUUUUCUAAAUGAAUACUUAACGUAAUGCUUUUGUACUACAAUACGGUAUCAAAAUAUACUGAGACUUAGUUAUUAUAAGAUAUAUUUUGAAUAUAAAAAAAAAUCUUAUAUUUAUUUUAGGACACUUAAUUUAAAUAUGUUACUUAAUAUAUUCGAUAUGUUGUCAUAACA